AGUGAUUCGAAAUCGAAAGGGAAAUGUUCGCGUGUGUGCGAGUGCAGCACGCUGGAGGAUGGAAGGAAAUUCGCGAAACCGUGAUCGCUGGACAAACGCGUGCGAAGUGUGAAGAAGCGCAGAAGUUACGAUGUGAGCAGCACAUUGUCAUAGCAACGAGAUUUGUAACCAUAGCAACCAAAAUCAACAAAUAACGGAUUCAGUGUUUCAGUGCAAUACGAACAUUUAAAACCAACAGAACACAUUUAUAUUAAAACACAUCAACAAGUGACAAUUGUUUUGAUCAUUUCCGAACGAAUUUUAAGGAACGCUUGAUGGAACUUGGUCGGAGUGGCUGGGUGAGCAAGUUUAUUAAUUUUUCUCUCGGCGAGUCGUCAUACUCGUCGCGACCCGCGUCGUUGCAUUAUGUCGAGUGCGUCGUCAACUAGCGGUUUGAAUUUUUUUCAACAAACGCGUGCCGCCUACCAGCAAAACAACACGACAACAAAAUAAUAUUAAAUAUUAAACUGUCCGUAAAAAAGUGAAAAUGUGAAUUAAACAAUAAAAAAUUAUUUACAUUGAAAACUUUGUUUCUAAACUAAAAUUUAGCAUGAAAUCAAUGAAACAUUCGUCGUUUUAUAAACCAGUGCGAUAUAAAUUAAAAUUAAAAUUAAAAACUUUAAAUUUGACAAUUAUGAUGUUGCAAAGAUGAUAUUUAAUAAAAUCGGUUUAUUUUAUUAAUUUAAAAUAUAUUUUAUUUAAAAUUUCAGUUUUGUGCUAGUUUUAUAAUAAAACUAAAACUAAAAAAGAUUUUUGCGAUCAUGUGCGGUUUUACGCUCGGCGCGUCUGCGCUCAAGCUAUUGUUGUGCGCUCUGCUUUUCAUCUCGAACAUCAGCGACGACCACUCUUGUCUCAAACUCGACUCGCAUGACAUUCACACACGUCCGCAUCCAUGGCCCAAGAUGUCCGCAACAGAUCUAAGCCUAAAGAAACACUAUGAGCCCCGCAACAAUAUUGAUGGACUUUACGAUAAAGACCAUGCGAACAGCCACUUGGCAAAAUCGAACAGUGUGCGCGUGCAAAGUGCAAAAAGUGUAAACCUUAACGACGAGAGUAACACUCGAAGGAGUGACGGGACGGGUGCGAAUAGCACCCACGGGUCGGGUGAUGCCUGGAGGAUGCGGCGGCGUUCUGUGUCCGACAAUGCGACGCUGCGGCUUGCGUACGCAAACGACCCUUUUGGUGGGAACAGUGCUGGUGGUCGCGGUGCGAGUUUGUCUCCCGAGGGAAGAGUACAUUUACGUCUCCGUCAACGACCGCUUGAACUACCGACAGAGGAAAGCAGCAAAAAGUUUUUGUCUAUUACAAGGUCUAAAGAAAGGCAAAAAAGAACGAAACGCGGCGUGGUGCAACUUUACAAUAUGGUUAGUUGCGCCACUGGAUGCGAUCCUCUUAUCUACAAGGGCUACGGCUGUUACUGCGGUUUCCUAGGGUCAGGUCGACCAGUCGAUGGCAUCGAUAAGUGUUGCAAGAUGCACGACAUUUGCUACGACGUCGCCAACUGCCCCAUGUACUUGGAGUACGUCGUGCCUUACUACUGGAAGUGCUACAGAGGGAAAUCUCUUUGCGCCGUUGACCAUUUGGACUUGGGUGGAUCGGGUUCGUGCGCUCAACGCCUUUGCGAAUGCGAUCGUCUGCUAUCGGAAUGCCUGAGCAGAUUUCCCUGUCCGGCAAGACGAGCGAAAUGUGUUUCUUCGCCAUGGAGAUUGCUCCAAAACACUUUGAUGUUCUUCUAGGAACGCCACCAGUCCGUUGAGAUCGUCCUCCUGCAUUUGCAGGGAGAACUUUUAAUCACUAGCCUAAUUAAACUUAAGGUAAACUACCUCAAUGCAUAUUGUAUUAUAUUAAUAUCUGCAGAUAGAGAAAAAAAUUAUGAAUUAUUAUUAAACAUAGUUUUAACGGGUUUGUAUAUUUUAAUGAUAAUAAUAAAUUAUUUAACCCA